UGUGAUUUCUCAAUCAAAACAAUGGUCUCCAGUGCAUGUUGCAAUACUUCCACUACUUGUAGUUCAGCUGACCUAUUUGCAGCAACCAUACGUGUCCUUGCAGCAGCGCAAUGUUGUUUUACUGACGAGUUUACAUCGGAUGUAGUAGAUAAACCGUUCUUUGACUUCAUUAUUGUUGGAGCAGGAUCUGCUGGUAGUGUUGUUGCUAACAGACUGAGUGAAAUAGGAAAAUGGAAAAUACUGCUAUUAGAAGCUGGAACAGAGCCACCUCCACAAGCAUUUGUACCAGCCCUCGCCAAUACAUUGAGGAAAACACAGUAUGAUUGGAAUUAUACCACUAUUAAUAAUGGCAGAACAAGUCAAGCUUUAAGAAAUGGAGAAGUAGAUUGGACGCGAGGUAGACUAUUAGGAGGAAGUAGCGAAUUAAACGGUAUGUUUUAUGUAAAGGGUAACAAGGAAGACUAUAAAUCUUGGUACGUAAAAGGCAACCCCAGUUGGAAUCCAGACAAUGUUUUUCGUUUUGAGAGAAAAGCUGAGUCAUUGCAAGAUGAAGAAUUAAAAAAUAAUCCUUUUGUCAGUAGAAACUAUGGCAAGAGAGGUCCACAAGUUGUGACUAGAUUCAACAGUACUCGGACGGAAUUACACGAACUAAUACUUGAAUCGUGGAGUUCUUUAGACAUCAAAAAAGUGAUAGACAUAAAUAGUGUAGAAUAUACAAGCCCCGGUAUAUGCAGUGUUGCAGUGUCUACCGCAGCAAGUGGCAUAAGAUUUGGUACGUACAGGUCCUACAUAUUACCAGCACGAGGAAGAAGUAACUUAAAAAUUGUAACCGAAGCAUUAGUAACUAAAGUGUUAAUAAAUGACAACAAAACAGCUUAUGGUGUGGAAGCUAAUGUAAAAGGCCAGAUCAAGGAAUUUUACGCAAAAAACGAAGUAAUUUUAUGUGCCGGUGCCAUUAAUUCGCCACAGCUUUUAAUGCUGUCAGGAGUAGGACCUCGUCAGCAUUUAGAGUCUAAAAACAUUAAGGUGAAAGUUAAUUCCCCGAGUGUUGGAAAAUUUUUGCAAGACCAUCUGAGAAUAAUAGUGCCCAUAUAUGGAGAUAAAUCGAAAUUUGACAGUAGAGACGAAAAGAACUGUGCUAUAGAAGAAUACUGUUGCAACAGAACCGGUUACUUAGCACAAGUGGGACUUGACAGCCUGUACUCGUUCUAUUCCUAUCAUCAGUAUUUAAAAUACCCAGAGUUACAGAAUCAUGUGCUCAUAACUUUCGAGAAUGCUACAACGUUUGCAAGGAAUGCGGGAUAUAAAGAAGAAGUCAUCAACUCACUUUUCCAAUAUUUUCCCGACAAAACUCUUUAUUUGUUCUUUGUUGUUCUGCUACAUCCGUAUUCUACCGGCUCCAUUUCGCUGAACACCUCCAGUCCAUACGACAAGCCUAUCAUAAACGCUAAUUAUUUCGGAGAUCGCCGUGAUCUUGUCCUAACUGCCAGAGGAAUUAACAUCUUGACAGAAAUCGUGAACACCAAAUUCUUCAGAUCCAUUAACGCUUACAUUCCAAGAAUAAAAUGGCCCGAAUGCAACAGAUAUCGUUUCAAUACGACUAGAUAUUGGAUGUGUUUCGCAAAAAAUACGGUUACAACUUUGUACCAUCCCUCGAGCACUUGUAGAAUGGGACCGAACCCUUUGGAUUCGGUCGUUGAUAAUUUCCUUAGAGUUCACGGAGUAAGAAAUCUUCGUGUCGUAGAUGCAAGUAUUAUGCCAAGUUUGACGAGUGGUAACAUCAACGGUCCGACUAUAAUGAUAGGUGAGAUGGGUGCUAGCAUGAUAAAGAAGGAUUACAAUAAAGAAUAGUA